UCCAGCAGACUCUGUUCCUCGGAAAAAGGACAGACCACAACCACAUACUCACCAAAGAAACAAUCAGCCACGACGGGAAAAAAAACUUCCUCAUUGUUUUUUCCUAAUCAUAGCGAGUUCAUCGUUUGAUUCGUUUUUUCCCAACGCGUAUAUCAAACUGAUGCCCAUCGAUCGUUAUCGAUUUGCGCUGCGGCAUCGAUCUGCUGUUUGUGCGCGGCAAUGCCGUCCUCCCGCAGCUCGUCGGCGGAGGACGACGAAAACACGCCGCGCACGAAGCUCCUCGUCGGGGGUAUCUCGGCUUUCUUGCUCCUCGCCAUGAUUGUCGGGACGACGGCGUUCGUCCUGUCGGAGAAGGUGGAGGAUGAGGGGGACAAGGAGAAACGCGCCAUGGCCUCCACGAUGCGCACCGUGGACCUUUUCUGCACGCCGACGGACUACCAGGCCACGUGCAAGGAGACGCUGACCAAGACGCUGGAGCGUUCGUCCAAUCCGGCCGACCACCCGCACGCCGCCGCCGCCGCGGCGAUCACCGCGGUCGGGCAUGAGCUGGUGAGCGCCUUCAACCGGUCGUCGCUGCUGGACGCAGUGCGCGAGAGCAACGACACGCUGGUCCAGGAGGCCCUGCGCGACUGCAAAAUGCUCCUGGACGACUGCGCCGCGGACAUUGAGCGUGCGCUCAACAGCGUCGCGUACCGCGGAGUGGACGGGCCGGCGCAGGACCUCCAGGCCUGGCUGAGCGCGGUGAUCACGUUCCAGGGCUCCUGCGUCGACAUGUUCCCAAAGGGCGACAUCAAAGUCCAGAUGAAGGAGACCAUGGAGAGGGCGCGAGAGAUCUCCAGCAACGCCAUCGCCAUCAUUCAGCAGGGCGCUGCCCUCGCCGCCAUGCUCGAGAUCGACGCCGGCGCGAGCGUCAGCCUCCCGAACGAGGCGGAGGACGACGACGGCGACGACAAUGACAAUGACAAGGACAACGCCCAGCAACAGGAAAGCGACGGAGGCGAGCGCCGGCUCCAGGAAGAGUCCGCAUCAUCCGAGGUCCCCUCGUGGGUGCCCCACGAGGACCGUAAGCUUCUCGACGAGGCGGAAGAAGAACGCAAUGGCGGGCUCACGCCCAACGUGACGGUGGCCAAGGAUGGCACAGGCGACUUCAAGAACAUCUCGGCCGCCUUGGACGCGAUGCCGCGGAAUUACAGCGGGAGGUACGUGAUUUACAUCAAGGAAGGUGUCUACGACGAGACGGUGAAUGUGACCAAUGGAAUGUCCAACAUCACCAUGUACGGCGACGGCGCCAAGAAAUCUAUCAUCACCGGGAGCAAGAACGUCGCCGACGGCGUAAGGAUGUGGAGAACCGCCUCUUUAGCGGUGGACGGCGAUAGGUUCAUGGCGGUGAAGCUGGGGAUCCAGAACACGGCAGGGGACGAGAAGCAGCAGGCGCUGGCGCUGCGCGUCAAGGGCGACCGGGCCAUCUUCUUCAACUGCCGGGUCGACGGCCACCAGGACACGCUCUUCGCGCAGGCCUACCGCCAGUACUACCGGAGCUGCAUCAUCUCCGGCACCGUCGACUUCGUCUUCGGCGACGCCGCGGCCGUCUUCCAGCGUUGCGUGAUGCUCGUCAGGGACCCGCUCCCGGGGAAGCCCGGUGUGGUGACCGCGCACGGACGCCGCGAUCGGCAGCAGACCACCGGCUUCGUCCUGCACCGAACCCGCAUCGUGGCCGAUGACAGCCUCGCCAGCAAGUCGGCGACGGUGAAGACCUUCCUCGGGCGGCCGUGGAAGGAGUACUCGAGGGUGAUCGUGAUAGAGUCCAUCAUCGACGGCUUCGUGCACCAGCAGGGCUACAUGCCGUGGGAGGGCAAGAACAAUCUGGGCACGGCCUUCUACGGCGAGUUCGGCAACGUCGGCAACGGCUCCAACAUCACCGCGCGGGAGGAGAUGAAGGGCUUCCACGUGCUCAACAAGGAAAAGGCAAAGCAGUUCACGGUGGAGCACUUUUUGAACGGCGGCGAGUGGAUACCGGAGACUGGGACGCCGGUGAGGCUAGGGUUAUUCACAUGAUACGUACGGAUGGAUCAUGGAUUAAUUCUUGUUUGCGUGCGUAGACGGUGUGUACGAGCAGUCGAGUGUGUGAAUGCAUCGUCGGGUUCAAUUGUAAUGUAUGUACAAAAUAUACAAAUAGUGUCAAUAUACAUGCCUAAAGAGGAGGAAUGAAGGAAGUUGAUUUGGAAAA